GUUUGACAAACAUCAUCAUAAUUUGUUUGUUUGUACACAGCACAGCGUUGGCAUGCCAUUGGCACCCAUCGAGUAUCAUAUUCAUAUCUCCAUUUCCAGGGCUAUACAUAUUAUUCAUACAUAGAUAGAUUCUUCUUUUAUGUUUGAUUGAAAUUCCAAAAACAAAAGAUAUCACAAAUUCAUCAUUUGUUAUCGUUGUUGAAGAUGGAACGACGUAAUAGAUUGGUUUUUGUAUCAGAUUUUGUUCUAUCUUUCAUGUGGGUGUGUUCUGGUGUUCUCGUUAGAUUAUUCGUCUUCAAAGUUCUUGGCUUUUCUCAUACCCAUAUUGCUGAGAUUGUAAAGAUUUCAUUUUCCAUACUCAACAUGUUCUUCUUUGCUCUCCUUGGCAAGAUUUCUCAUGGUGGGGCCUACAAUCCUCUCACUGUUUUGUCUGAUGCUAUCUCUGGAGAUUUUCUUAACUUCCUUUUCUGCAUUGGUUCUAGAAUUCCUGCUCAGGUGUUUGGAUCUAUUGUUGGAGUUAGACUUCUUAUUGAAACCAUUCCUGAAGUAGGGAAAGGACCGCGUUUGAAUGUUGACAUUCAUCGGGGAGCAUUGACAGAAGGAUUACUAACAUUUGCAAUUGUAAGCAUUUCACUUGGACUUGCCGCAUCAAAAAUCCGUGGAAGUUUCUUCAUGAAGACUUGGAUUUCCAGCCUCUCCAAGUUAACACUUAAUAUACUUGGUUCUGAUCUGACCGGUGGUGUUAUGAACCCCGCAUCUGUAAUGGGAUGGGCUUAUGCUCGAGGCGAUCACAUAACAAAGGAGCACUUCCUUGUAUACUGGCUUGCCCCUAUAGAGGGAACUAUUUUCGCAGUGUGGACAUUCAAAUUCUUAGUCCGGCCAGUAAUACAAGGUACAACAGGCGCAAAAAGUAAAUCAGAUUGAAGAAACUCCGUUUUCUAAUAGAAGUUUGAAGUUUGAUUCUAUCUGGCUUUCAAUGAUUAUUCGUGUAGUGUAGUGGUUUGAUAAAUGUAUUAGCAAGCAAAAUGUAUAUAGUUUCCUAAGAUUGACAAGCAUAACAAAGUUAAACUGUUGGCAACUGUCGAAUUAUAAGUGUCAUUGCACGUACGAUCCUUUUUCUUGGUUUUGAGUUUGUAAAUUAUAAGUAAAUCAAUCAGAUUAUUCAUAUGGUUUUCAAUGUGACAAUCUUCUCCAAUAAGAAUGGGACCAAUAUAUCCCAGGUGGUGGUUCUCCCAAUUUGAAAUGUAGCGGCUCCAUGACGAUUGGUAUGAGGAUACUUGCAAAAGACGAUUGACACAUAAAUCAGGUUGUGAAUAAUGUGGCGGUGAGGAACAUGAGAAAUUUGGAUUUCUUGCAUUUAAGCAAUCACUCGAUUACUGAUCUAAAUUGUCGGCUGGAAAUUAGACUCAUGUAGACACAAGCUGCUCAAUUCCAAAAUCCCAAUAGCAAGUUAGAUUUGUUGAAAUUAUUUUGAAUGUAGUGAUUCUUUUUUUCUUUGAAAUGAUGAUUAUUUUUACGAUCUAUUCAUGUUUUUUUAGAUCAA